AUGGCACAGAUUGCUGAAUCAUUCGAGGUAUCCUCCGACUCAGUUCGUACUAGGGACCUCACCUCUGGCUCUCCCCUCGAUGCCACGAAAGAGCGGGACGGCCUAAGGGACUCCACAGGGUCAGACCUCGCUGCCCUGGAGAAGGCCCAGGAAUCCACAGCGCCUGGCGAUGAUGCCCUGAAGAUCGUUUCCGGUGAAAUUCGAUGGGUAACCGAGGAGGAAAACAAGGCGGUCCUCCGGAAAAUCGACAGACAUAUCAUGCCGGUUCUGUUCGUGAUCUAUUUCCUGCAGUUCAUGGAUAAAACAACACUGGCACUAUCGUCUGUCUUCGGAAUCGUUCAUGACACCCAUCUUGAAGGAGAUCAGUAUUCUUUGCUGGGAUCCAUCACGGCAAUCGCGCAAAUGGUUCUCCAGCCCCUCUCGGCCUACUUCCUGGUUAGGUUGCCCCUUCCCAUCUACAUGCCAUGUCUCCUCGGCGCUUUCGAGACCUCCACGCAAGCUGCGUUCAUCUUGGUCGGCCAAAUGUGGUACAAGCGACAAGAACAAGGCAUCCGGCUCGCCAUCUGGUAUUCCAAUGUUGGAUGGGUGAAUAUCUUCGGCAGCUUGAUCAUGUAUGGCUUUGGACACGUCCAAAGCGGUCCUGUCCAGUCAUAUAACCUCGCGUUCCUCGUUCUGGGUAUCAUCACGGCGGCAAUUGGUAUUGGAGCCUUCUUUGUCUUCCCCGAUAACCCAGUCCGAUGCAAGUUUCUCACCCCGGAAGAGAAGGUCAUCGCCGUCGAGCGACUUCGCUCCAAUCAACAAGGACUCGAAACCAAAGUCUUCAAAUUCAAGCAGGUUUUAGAGACACUGCUCGAUUUGAAGAGUUGGUGCUGGAUGGGUCUCAUGCUCUUGUAUGCCAUCCCUAACGCCGCCAUUACUGUCUUUGGUCCUAUGAUUAUCCGUGGAUUUGGCUACGAUGGAUACGAGGUCAUGCUCUUUCUGAUGCCCUAUGGAGCCUUACAAGUCAUUUGCGUCCUCGUUGCAUUCUGGCUCUCCAAUAAGUACCGAUUGAAACUCCCUGUUGCUCUUCUCUUCCUCGCUCUCUGCAUCGUUGGCACAGUCAUCUUGUUUACUCAAGGACGUUCCAAGGAGAAUCAGCCUGCUCUCCUCUUCGCUUACUACCUUUUGUCCGCUUCGACCGCUGUCGCUCCUACCUUCCUCAGUUGGCAAGCCGUUAAUGUUGCUGGGCACACUAAGAAGACAUCUACUACUGCCCUGACUAUCAUGGGUUCUUACACCGGAGGCAUCGUCGGCCCUCUCCUCUUCGAACCUAAAGAUGGCCCUUACUAUCACGAUGGUAUCCUCGCGUGUAUCAUCUGCUACAGCGCCGCCGCCGUUCUGAGCUGCAUAACUGGUCUUUACCUCCACUACCUCAACAAACGUAACGAAGAACGCCGAGUUAAGGCGGGCAAAGCUGCUAAAAUCGUUGAUUAUUCCAUGAUGGAUUUCAACGAAGGUGAUGGCCAGGCUCAAGCUCAAGCCAACGUUGGCAAGCGCGCGUUUGAGGAUUUGACGGAUCUGCAGAACGACGAGUUCAUUUACGUCUUGUAG